CGCAUUAUUGUUAUGCAUGUUUUUCUUUCUUUCCAAGGUUGGCGCUCCGAUUGCAUUGCUUUUUAAUGAGUAGGUUGGUUGGUUUCGUUAUUUUUUGUUUUUUGUAGUUUGCUAGUGGCUUUCUUCAAAUGUCCUCUGCUCCGGGGUAAAAGUCCUUGAUGUGCUUCGGAAAGACACACUCGCGUUCGUUCAGGAGCCGCCCCAGCUUGUACAGGUGCUGGACGGCGAGCUCGACCUCCUUUUCUCCGGCGCACCACAGGUCGACCCGCUGGGCCAUCAAGAGCGCGUUAACCCCGCGAAUGUAUUCCUUGUCGGGCCCGCUGCGGAUCACCUCCAUCUGCUCGUCCAUCGAUUGCUUGAGGGCCGAGUACUCGGUGAGGUCGGAGGCCAGCGAUCGGUCAUCGGUCCAUUGCUUGCCCUGGUUGGACGGCUGGAGGGGAUCAAAACCCUUGUGGGCCAACCGGGCCGCCGCAAAUGCCUCCCAAUCCGUGCUCAGGUACGCGUUGGCGGCCUCGACGCGGUCCUCGGCUAUGGUCCCGUUGGCGUUUCGGAAGCGGCCCGUCUGGAUCAUGAACUGCAGCAGGUGGUCCGUCGUCCACUCCAGCUCGGUCGUCACGGCGGGCAUGCAGUUCUCGGCCGUUCGCAUCAGCAGGGGGAAAUUCGGAUUCAGUUGUUUGAGCUCGUUGUGGUGUUUCACGUACCAGUUGCUGUUUGUUAGUAUGGCGUUUUUGUUUUUUGUUUGUUUGUUGUAGUCGUGGUCGGUGUAGCAGCAUCGAUCGAAAGAUGGAUUCAAGAUGGCACAGAGAGCCCAUCAUUUUGGGUUGAUUCGUCCACGACAACAAUUUGUUUCAGCGACACACGAAAAUAGAGCGGAAGACAGCGAAUUUGAAAGGCAACAAACAGAGAGUCAGAAGCAUGAAAACAAAUAAUCUCUCUAAGUUGCGACUUCCUCCAUCGUACAUUUUUCAUCGUUUUCAUCGUCUAGACUUGGCGCGAUUCUUUCGAACAGGCGAACAAGCAUCAGCAUGAUGCCGCAACACCAGACUCAAGACAACAACUUCCAUUGAACUCACCGAACACCGAUAGAGGAUGGGCUCUCAGGGCACGCGAAGAACCGCAUCGCCGGUAGGUAUCGUGAUAAUCCGGCCUUCCAAGACAUGUUGGCUCGUGUGUCUUCUACUCGUUUGGUGCAAUCUUCGAUUCUCGCAACAGAAACAGCAGGGGGUAUUGUACCGCAACGGGGUUGUAUUCUCUUCGGAUCAAUCGGUAUCAACGCUACGAGCACUAGUAGCUGAUGAUGUUGUCUGUCGAUGCUGCGGUAGGUAUGAGUACGGUAGGUACGAGUGCGGUAGGUCCGUAUGUACCGACAGAUCGGCAAGCAACAAACGACGUUUGUUGCUGUUUGUGGCGUGCGGUAGGCUUUGGUAUGUUUGUACUGUAUUAUGAUAUUAUGAAUAUGCACAUACAAUAUGUCGAUAGCACUAGAAUUCGAGUUGGGCUGUCGAAUACGAGUAUCGUACUGACGGGGACACACGAAACAAUUUUUCCCCAAUUACACGCGGAAUGGAUUGUGUUUCAGUUUGCCCCCCUUUUCUUAUUCUCGUAAUGGAUGAUGAUGUCUUCAACAAGGAAUACAAAGGGAACAACCGGUGUGCAACCGGAACAGGAAAAACAACGCAACAACGCUGCUCCGAUCAAAACAAAACGACGACUACGAAAUCUGAAAGGAACGACGGGAUCGUUCUAGAUUGCGGAAGUUGCGAAGUUGCGAAUCUAUACCAUUUUUGCAUUCUCCUUUUCAAGUGUCAAACCAUACAAACACACUGGAAAAUGAGGUUUUCGAAUCCGUCACGAAUCAUAUUACUGGUUGUUUCUUUGGCUCUCGUUGGGAGAAUCUCGGCGUUCACAACGACGACGACUCCUGCUUCGAGUCCCCGAUUUAGUGUUGGUACGUACGGUACCGGGCGGUGUGUUCGAACAGAACCCUAUUGUGUCUAUGAUUGCAUUAUAUUCUGUUCUGUUCUAUCCCUCCUCACAUUCUCUCGUUGGAACCCACAUUUGAACACAUAUAACCACUUAGCUCUGUCUGUCUCCCCCAACAUUGCCGACAUCGACCAACCCACGGACCUCCCGGACUCCCUCGUCGAUGCCGCCGAGCGGGCGGCCAACUCCUGCGCCUCCUUUGCGCAAUAUGCACCGGAGCAGGCCCGGUGCCGGGUCGAUUUCGACACGAACGCCGGGGACGAAACCUACCCGCUGCUCAAGACCAGCACGGAGUUUAUGCAGAACUUUGUCUCCUUUCUGAGCUACAAGCUGGUCCCGGGGCUCCAGGCCGAAAAAAUGGCGGAGGUCCAGCGCGUGGCCGAGGCGCGGGUGGCCCUGCAGAGGAUACUCCAGCAGGAGGAGGGCGGAGAGGCUGUCGACCAGGACGAGAAGCAAUGCUACAUCGAGGUCCUGCAGAACAACGGAAAGGAGCCGGGUGCUUCCGGAAGCGGUGACGACGACUACAAGGGACCCAUCGUCCGCGUCUACUUUCCCGAUGAGGGCAACGCCGCGCUGGCCAAGCGGGACUGGACGCAGGCCAACGGCGUCGACAUGCCGUCCUGCGUCCGCUUCGGCGCCUGCGGCGGUAUCCGGUCGAUUACGGAGGACCUGUCGAGGGACGUCCUCAUCUUUUUCUUUUGCCCCAAAGCGUCGGAGAGCGACAUGGUGGAGGAAAUUCUGCAAAAAACCGAGCAAGCCCACCUCGAGGCCAACACCGGGGUCCCCCUCCUGAGCGUCUUUGUCAACCCCAAUCUGGUGGACAUGGGCGUGACCGGAUUCGGAAUGGCCGGCCGUAUGCUCCGCGAGCGGCUUCUGGACGGCCUCGAGGGGACCUACUACCUGAGGACCCUCCAGUGGGGAGCGCUGACACGCUCGUGGCCGAGGGCCUACACCCUGUGGGAGGAAAACGAGUCCGCCGAGGGGGGCUACCAGCUGAUGCGGACCCUGCCCUACCUGCCAUCCAACCCCGAGGUCGAGGACAUAUACGACGCGGUCAACGAAGGAAAGCUGCAGGUGGACGAGAACGGAAACGAGGUCGGCCGAAAGCCUCCUUCGGCACUGGACCAGUUUGGUGACUUCGUCCAGGGAAUGAUGCGGCUCUAGGAUGGCAGCGAACAAACAAACAAACAACAACUACUCUCCUUGUGCUACUCUACCAUACUACUAACACGAAUAACGAUGCGACUGAGGAACCAAAUGAUCCGGUGUUAACCGGCAAAAUGGCACUGCGGAUGGCUCGCGUGCAUUCAUUCAUAGUGUCUGUAGAUGUGCUUCUUCGUCGUUCUGGAUCCAUCUCCCGUAGGUAAAGGAUGUGCCGUGUCCUACAGUUUUUUAGUGAAUGUUUUCCGGAAACUUACGUUCCAGAGAUGUUGUUUCUCAACGAUGGAAACAGGUUGUCGUCAUCGACUUCAAAGAAAGGAUUGGCUUAGUUGUGUAAUUGUAUCAAGUGGUAUUGAUUUGUCCCUCCGACAACCCAUCAGCUGUCAUACCGCACUAGAAGUUUAAUUUUUCCCGCACGAAAUGGAUUUCAAGCUCCCUCUUGUAAUUGGUUUUAAGCACUGAGUUCAUAAUAGAUAGAUAUCAAUUCU